GCGAAUCGGAGUUUUGGAGCUCAUGUUAUGACCAUUUAAUAAGGUAUUUUGGGUCCGAAGCCCAAUCCUUUUAGGAAUGGGAUCAUUAAAUAAAACCUAAACCUAUCUUCUUCCGUUUGGAUAUGAGAACCGCACAUCGUCACUUUCUUCUUCUUCAUUUCCGAUCGCCACCCGAGCCAGUCGCCGUUCAUCGCUGGUCGCCCUUCCCCAGCCAAUCACCGCUGCUUCUCCUUCGCCAGAGGUCCGCCGUCAGCAUCAGCGCCGCCGACGACGGUUCACCUCGUCGUGUUGCCGUUCGUCGCCUGCACUGCCAGCGUCGGUCGUCCACCGCCGUCGGGUUGCAGCGCCGCCACGCCGAACGCUGGACGUCGCCUCCACUACCGGCGUCUUCCCUCGCCGUCGAGUUGCAGCGCCGCCAGUCGCUGCUCAUUGCCGUCGAGUUGCAGCACCGCCACGCCGAACGCUGGACGUCGCCUCCACUACCAGCGUCUUCCCUCGCCGUCGAGUUGCAGCGCCGCCAGUCGCUGCUCAUCGCCGUCGAGUUGCAGCGCCGCCACU